CGAAGGUGGCCAACGUGAAAGCAGCCGAGCUGUGGGGGACAUCAGCAUCUGGACAUCAUCUCCACCGUCCAUGCCAAACAAACGACACAGGAGGACGGGGAGGAUGGACAGAUGUUUCAGCUGUGCAGAUGGAAACUCCACAUCUGUACGAAACCCGGAGAAGCUCAACAGAAACCCGAACAUGUCAGUUUGUGGUGAGAUGAUUCUGUGGAGCUUCGUGUUCCUGCUGGCAGGUGCUGUGGCUCAAACUGUGGUCUAUCCUUUCACGUCUACCUGUGCUGUCAGAGGGUCCACUGUCACCCUCCCCUGCACCUUCACACCUCUGAAGUCUUUCAGUGAUGGUUGGAGAGAAGUUCCUCUAAAGAUCGUCAGAGUCCGCUGGUGUAAGAACCAUGUACUCUGUCUGGGCAGCACUCCAUCUGUGUAUGACAGUAACCCAGCAAACAUCGAUCCUCGUUAUCAAUAUCUGGGAGACAAGAAGACAAACUGCACUUUACAGAUCAGAGAUGUUCAGCAGAGAGACAACGCAAGCUUUCGCUUCAGGAUGGAAGCUGAUCGUCCUCGAGGACAUUUUACUAACCAGACAGGAGUGACUGUGACGGUUGUUGAUUCGACUAAAAUGAGAAUAAUCAGCUCCAGUGAUGAUAAAAAGUUGAGCAGAGGUGAAAACGUCACACUGCUCUGUGCUUCAGUCUGCACUUUCCACCAACUGGAAGUCACGUGGUUCAAAGAUGGCCACGCCCUCUCAGACACUGGCCCCUCCCUCCAUCUCAGCCCUCUGACUGCAGAGGAUUCUGGGAGCUACACCUGUGCUCUGAAGAAGAGCAUGAAGACUCUCUCUGAGCCGUACAGCCUGCAGGUGGAGGCUGGAGCUGAUGGUGUCCUUCGUCUGGUACUUGGUGUGGUGUUUGGUCUCCUGCUGGCUGUGAUCCUGCUCGUACUCUUCACCUUCAUCAUCAAAAGGAAGCUGGCAGCAGCAGAGGAUCAGAGGGCUGUGGGAGGUGAUCCAGAGCAGAAGCAUCCUGAUAGCAUCUACAGCAACAUGGUGAAGUCUGCACAAACUGAGGCGGCUCAGCAGCAGGAACCCGGCCGAGCUGCGGAGGACGUCAGCUAUGCCUCCGUCCAGUUCAAACAGAAGAAACAGGGGGCCAGGCGCCUGCAGGCGGCCAGCGAUGACGUUGUCUAUUCCUCAGUGUCCAGUCGAGGAUGAAUCGCAGCUCUCUCACUCCCUCCAUCCACCAAUCAGCUGCAGGAAGCUGUGAGCUGUGGCAGUUUGUGUAAAUCUGUUUGAUGAAGCUGCGGCUCGACUCUGACUUUAUACAGAACUAUUAAAAAACUUCAGAGAGAUGAACCGAAGGUGUAUCUGCAGCUCUGUGGUGCUGCAUGUGUGCUGUAAGGUGGAGGAAGUCAUGAAUGCAGCUCAGUCCAAACUGGAACGCUGUCCAUAUCGGGAAUAACUCACAAUCGAAUUAUUUGUUUCUGGGCCAUGAUCUGCUCCACACUCUCUCUGUUAUUCCACUUCAUUAUUUUCUCAGUCAUCUGGAAGCUGGUUUGAAACUCGAGUCUGAGUGAAGGACCCAGCACACUUCUUCUUACAGCGCUCAUUAAACCAGGACGAGGAAAAAUGCAACAAUGCAGACUUUGUACUCUUCAGAGUCUGAGCUGCUUUUCUCUGAUCAGGUUGUUCUGAGAACAAAAGCUAAAACUUCACGUUGCUGAACCACAACCAUCGUCGUGUCCUCCACAUGCUGCCUGAUCUGAGCCGAGCGAUCUGCACACAAUUCACUUUUAUUUCACGUUGAGGGUCAGAAAGCUUCAUUGGUCCCAGGCCUGUAUCACUGCCACUCAAUUCAUUUGAUCCUUCAUUGUCUCUGUGACUGUCACUCAUCUAAAACAUUAACCAUCACCUGGUUAGUGGUCACACGUCUGCAAAACCUCAAUAAGAGGUGAGAAAAUGAGCCGAACCUUCACUUAAUCUGUGACCUCGUUAAAUGUUUCCCAGUGAGUUGAAGGCUCAUCUGCAGUUUGAAGCUUUGCUGAAUGAAACAUGAAGUUCAUUUUCCAAGUGCUGAUGAUGGAGGAGAGUUUGCUUUGUGGGGUUCAUUUCCAUACUUCUUCUGCUUUACUCGAGCGCUUUAAGCACUUUACACAACACGCCUGAUUCACCCUUUCAUGAAAGCACUUUGUCUGCAUUCACACACAUUCAGCCGUCCACGCAGACGCCACAUAUGCAGAAAAGGAAAUGAAUAACCGGCUUGUCUUUACCCUGUCAUGGCUGCCACAGCUGCACGAGUCCACUUUUUUAUACCAGCACUGGCUCAGUGAGAUUAGCAACACAUUAAGACUUCCUCAGAUGUUUUGCAGCUUGAUCGCAGAACUUCAGAGGAGGAAGUAGUUCUCCUGUUAUUUUCAGGUAUCAUUUAGUCUAUUUUUAAUUGAUCCAAAAGCCGUACGAGCCUGCGGUGGUCUCGGUUUCACUGUUAGAGCCGCCUCGCUCGAUCUCGAGUCAAAAUACCAAAACAGAGUCUUAAAAACAUGAACCUGCGGCGUCACGAUGGGCCUUUGGACAUCUUCUAUAUACAGUCUGUGUUUCAGUGUCACGACUUCUGUUUUAGUCCAAAAUGUUUUGUUUGUUAUGAACACAUUACUUUAUUAAAAAUAACUUUCAUUUUUC